AUGAAUAACGGCCCUCAAGGCCAGGGCCAACCUGGCGGUUCGCAACAAGGCAUGCCGCCUCGACCACCUACAAUGCUCAAACCUGAAAUGAUGCGCCAGCUACCCCCUGGCGCUUUUACGGAUGAAGAGAAAUUGAAAUGGGAAAACGGGCUCAGAGGAUUGUGGACUCAGAUUGAGAAUAAUCCCGCGGAAUCACCAACACACCAAGAGGCAAAACGCAAAUUGAUGGAGUUCUCCAAGUCGGUCACGAUGAAGAUGCAGAAUUAUCGCGCACAGCAGCAGCGACAACAAGUACAGCAAGCGCAGCAAGCCCAACAGGCUCAACAAGCUCAACAAGCACAUCAGCAGCAGCAGCAGCAGCAGGCUCAAGCUCAACAAGCUCAACAAAAUCAACAAAAUCAACAAACUUCACAGGCGCAACAAGCCCAACAAGCUAUGCAGCCCGCACCAGCUUCUUCAAAUAACGCGGCUCAACAGAACCCAGCUCCACAGCAGAGCGAGCAAGCUCCACCAUCACAGGAAGGUCAAGCUAGUGGGUCUAAUGCUGGAAGUUCUUCCCAGCAACAACCACGACCUCAAGUUGCUGGUCAACUACCUGAAAAGCUGUUACAACAUAUUAAAACAUUCCCCUGGACUGCUCCACCUCAAUAUACCCCGCAAUCACCAGAAUGGACUAAGUGGAUGUCAGAAAUCAAGAGCAAAUAUGCCAAAGGGCUGAUGGCCAUGGAAAAGGCAACUUCGCAGCUGAAGGGUUUGGAAGAAUAUAUUAAGAAGAAGAGAGAAGAAAGAAGUGCAACGGAACAAGAUGAAACAGAUUAUCAGGCAAGAGCGGCAGAGUUCAGGAAACAACACGGUUUGGCCAAGAAGUUUGUCGAAGACAUUAGAGACAGCCAGAAACGCCUCCAACCACAAAACCCUCAUCAAGGGCAACCACAGCAUCCUCAACAAUCACAAGCUUCUGGAGCCGGUCCAUCUGAUAAUGUCAAUGGGAAUACCGCUGGUGUUGCAAGUCAUAGCAACCAAGGGGUUCAAGGAAGUGUCCAAAUGAAUCAGACACAAGGAGCACCUCGACCACCCAUGAAUUUGCAGCAGCCAUCCAACCCAGCUUUACAAAAUACUCAAACUGUCAAUGCUGCUAUUGAGCAGGCUCGCAAUCAACAAAUUGCUGGCGGUAAUCGACCACCUAUGCCACAAGGACACCAGUCCCAAGGCCCGCAAAUACCUACACCAGCUGCACCUUCCCAACAAGCUAUGGCCCAACCUCAACCUGGUCAGGCCCAAAGUGUCAAGCCGGAACCACCAAUGCCAGGUCCAAUCAAUACUGCAAUUACUCAAAUGCAGAAUAAUCAACAACGUCCAGGUCAAACAAAUUCACCUCAAUCAGCUAUUCCUCAAUCGGCAACGUCAAUCAGUGCGCCAAAUCCUGGUCCUCCAAGGGCUUUAACUCACCAAGCAGCAUUGCAAACCGCGGCUCAAAGUUAUUCCAGUGCCGGCGGACAAACGAGCGGUACACCUAAUACGGUUAUGGGCCACUCGCAUACUCACCCUAAUGCUAUGCCUAGGGAACAACAAAAUCCAAGCUCACAAAAGCUCCCAAUUCCCAAACAUUUACCAGAAAGAGCAGUGGCACCACCACAACCAGUACAAAUGGGUCAAUCACGUCCUUCAUUUACUGGUGGUCCAUCAGGUGCUGGUAACGGAGUCAUGGGUCAACCGGUUCUUGCAAAGACCCCAGGCUACGUUUUGGAUGGUGAUGGCGAUCGUGUUUUGAGUAAGAAGAAAUUGGAUGAGCUUGUCAGACAGGUUACUGGUGGUGGAGAGAAUGUUGCAGGUGGUGGGUUAACUGCUGAAGUUGAGGAGUCCAUUCUUACCGUCGCGGAUAACUUCGUUGAUCAGGUUCUCCAAGCCGCCUGCAAGAACGCCAAAGAACGUGGUUCUAAGGUCUUGGAGAUCCGUGAUAUUCAACUUACUCUUGAGCGCGGUUACAAUAUUCGCAUCCCAGGUUACGCCAGCGACGAGAUUCGAACAGUUCGAAAGAUCGCACCAAGCUCCGGAUGGAUCAACAAGAUGAGCGCCGUUCAAGCUGCGAAGGUCACGGGUGGGAAGGGUAGUGACUGA